AUGCCACCAGCAACGUCGUGCCGUUCCGGAAGCUACCGCGUGGCCCUCAAGGUCCAGAUUGCCGCGCUUCAAGGCGAAAAAGAGCGGCUCAUCAAGGAGCAUCACGAGGCACUGGACGCCCAGAAGACCGCCUCGAGGGAGCUGAAGGAACAGGCUAUGCAAGCCGUGCUCCAGCAUGAGCAAGCCCUGAAGGAUGCCCAGGCUGCAGCCGAGGCCAGUUCAUGUCCGUGUUGCUUAGAGAAACUUCAGCUGCUCUUUGCAGAAGCAUCUGAAGCAGGUUUCCCUUCUCAAGUUACACGGCAAAUAACUCUGGAGACCGAUAAUCUCCUCUGGUUGGUCGAGAUAUUGGUUAACCACCGAAUUUGCGAUGAUUUCGUGGUCAUGCGGGCAAACCAAAGUGAGCUUGCCUCAUUACAUGCAAAAUUGCAUGUUGCCUCUCGCCACACAGUUAGCUCUAUCACAGCAAGGCUUUUUGUUGGCAUUGGAAGAGGAGAAAUGCUUCCGUCUAAGGACACUCGUCUUCUUCUCCUGCAAGUCAGGCUGCAGGCACUCAUCGAUGACUACUCAUGGCUACAAUGCAGCUGUCGGUCAUUUGAUAGGAAGCUCGUUGAGGAAGGGAUUGGGCAGACACUCCUGACACUUCCUUUGGAAGACCAGCGGUCUAUACUACUGUCAUGGCUUGGGAGGUUCUUGAAAUUAGGCGAUAACUGUCCGAAUUUACAGAGGGCGUUUGAAGUGUGGUGGAGAAGGACUUUCGUCAGGCCUUAUGUCAGUCAGGCAAGGUAA